UAGCUUGACAUCACUUCGUCCAUCGCCCGUCUAAAACCCAGAACCCUAACCCUAAGCCACCCUCUCACUUUCUCGUUAGUUAUCUCCUCUUCUGUCAAUGGCGGACUCCGCGUUUUCGAUCCAGUACCUGAAAGAUUUCAUGAAUUCUCAAAUCUAUGACGAAGAGAAGUGGGCCUUCAACAUGAAAUUGCUGCGUGCUGCUGGGUUAUUUGGAGGAUCAAUACUCCUUAUGCGGAAUUAUGGUGAUCUUAUGGCUAUUUAAAGGGAGAAUGAAGGAGCUGCAGCGGGCUGCUACGCUCUGCUUCGUCAGUAAUUUGUAGUUUCUUUCAGUAGUUUAUAAUGAGCCCUCGUGCAUCAGUUCUAGUCCUUUAGUGAGAAAUGAGUUUGCAGUUUCCUAUGGGCAUCAAUUAUGUAGAUGUUAAAAUGCGUCCAAAUUGGGCGUAUGCACUUCGUAUCAAGUUUCAUUUUUCAUAACUUGAAUAUAUUUUGUUAUAUCAUGUUUUUAAUGAAAGUUUUGCACGACCUCUAUCAAAUGGGAUUAUAGGCU